AUGCCGCUUGCAAAAAGCAUAGAGAAAAGCAGAGGCAGGUGCCUAUCGGUAUUUUUUAAGGCUAAGACCCACAAGGCAGAUUCACCAUUUAGGACCAUUAUUAGUGAAUCUGGUUGUUGGCAGAAGAAUGUGAGCCAAUUCCUGCAAAAGAACUUAAAGUUUCUAAUAGUGAAAGACCCUUUCCGAACAAAGAAUUCGAAUGACGUGGUGCAGUUCUUGCUUGGGAAUAAGGAUGUAGGUUAUGGUUUUUCUGUUGAUGUUGAAGAUUUAUUUUAUUCAGUUCCACAGCGUCAACUCCUGUCUUCGGUACAUGAAUGUAUUGAGUAUAGUGGUACGAUCUCGUUCCAGAAUCAUGUCGGACUUUCAGUGGGAAAUUUUUUAAGUCUUUUAGAAUAUUACCUUAGAGCUACUUUUAUUGUUUUUAAUGACCAACCGUAUUUACAACGGAAUGGUAUUUGUAUUGGAUCAUGUGUUGCUCCCGUCCUUGUGGAUAUUUUUUUGUCUAGUGUGGAUCAUUCUUUAGACCAUGCUUUUAUUGAGCGGAAAGUUUUAAAAGUUUUUAGAUAUGUCGAUGAUUUUUUGGUAUUUUUAUCGCUUGACUCGUCCUACCAGGAUACGAUCAAUAAUGUUUUAGAAGAUUUUAAGAUACAUGGACAAGGUCUUACGUUUACCCACGAGAGUCCACAAAACAGUGUAUUGCAGUUCUUGGAACUGAAGCUUGAAUUCUGUGAACGCCAUUGGUUGAAGCUCUGA